AUGUCAUCCAGACCCACCCCUACCAACCCUCUACCCUCCUCCAACGCCCCCACAAGCGCGCUCGCCAGCCCAAGUUCUCCUUCUAAUACAUCAAGCACUAAUUCUCCAGUUGCUCUCAGAACUCGCCGGGCUCUCCAGAUGCAAAACCAAAGUCAAAGACGUCAACCUCCCAGAAGAACAAAUCAGGAUUUGAGAAGUCCUGGUAACCAGCAAAGAGAACUCAGUAUAAUGCGACAGAAUGACCUGAGAUCCGAUCAGAGGGCUAAUACAACCCAGAAUUUGGAAACUGGUCACCAAACUAAUACUGAUGUUGAUGAAGAACUAAAAGAUCAUCAACAGCAAGAGAGCAGUGCAACCGAGGAUGAAGGAAGUGGCGAAAUAGAGGGUGGAGGCAAUGAUAGUCAAGAAAUUACGAGUAAUGCCCAAGAUAAUCAAGGGAGACAGCAUAGAUUGAGUAAUGAAGAAGAAAAGAAACAUGAAGAAGAGAUGAAAACCCCUAUCACUCGCCGAGACACAAGAUCUGCCCAUAUAGGAUCUGAGACUUCAAGGAACAGUCUUUCUACAAGUCCUGCUUUGAAUUAUAUAACUUAUGAACUUGCAGAGUCAAGGAGAAGACCUCAGCGUCCACCAAGACAAACUUCCUCUUCUCGAAGAAGGAUCAGAAGGAACAUUUUUAUCGAUAUUCCAGACACACGAAUAAACCCAUCACAGCCCCUUCCAAGUCCUUUACCCAUGCAAGAGACUACAGUGCAUGAGUUAUGAGAGAGUUUGAAGAAGGUAGAGGUGAUAGAGAGGAAUUUGAAGUCAUUUGAGAAAGAGCCAUGUUGUAUUUGAUUAACAAAGACUAAGAUUGGUGAUACAAUUGUAAUCCUAACAUGCACCCAUAAAUUCCACUUAAGAUGCCUCAAAAAUUGGAUCAAGCAAAAACCCAAGUGCCCAAUCUGCAGAGACUACAUAAUCCCAUUCCAUCCAUCUCCUAACCACUAAUUCUAAACACUUCAACCAUUUUUCA